AGUUCUAGAGGUUUGAUUGACACCUUGAGAACCUCUUGCAAUGCUGAAUAUUUCCGUAACUACCAGUUCUAUCGAAAAUUGUCACUAGAUUUUUUUGUAGAAAAUUUAAUGCUCCACAAAAAAUGUUAAUGAAUUUUUUCUCCACAUCCACGUGCUUUGAAAAUAAAUCGAGGUAUAGGAGAGGUGAAUCGGGAGGUUGCUAUACUAUUUGUGAGAUCAUCAUUCUGACAAGUUGAUUAGCUACAGUUUCAUGAAGGCCCAACCAUCACACCUAACGUUCUUCCCGAACAGUUGUUAUUGAACAGAGAGUGAAUUCCCAGGAUCUUGAACGGUUUUUGUAAUUUCAAUCCUCCCGGAUUACGUAAGACAUUUUAGAUAGAAAUGUUUAGCAAGAAGAAAGUGGCUAAACAACGCACGACUAAAACCGCUAAUAAAGCUGGUGACUCAAUGGACUUCCUGAUAAAUCCUGUUGGGAACGAUGAUGACGAUGAUGAUGAGGCGUUGGAGGCGGAAUUGCGUCGUUUAACUGGAGGAGAAGAUAUACGAGCUGGACCUAAAGCACCGGCCAGGAGACCGAAGAAAAUCGUGCCGAUCUCCCAGGACAUUAACUCUGACGAGGAGGAUGACGAAGACGUCGAUGAAAACGACCCAGAGCUCCUGAACGAAUUGAAAGGAAUAAUUUCAGAUGAAGAAGAGCCGGAGGCCGAUGCAGGGCCUGAAAAAAUUUCUCCCACAGCAGAAACCGAGACAACUUCAUUGCUGGAGCAGCGACUGCAGAUGUACAAGUCUGCUGAGGCUAAAGCAAAGAGUCAGAAUGAUACAAGCAAAGCCAGACGAUAUGGACGAGGAGUGAAGACUCUCCAGGGUUUAUUACGUACAGCCUUAGCUGGGGGUGCUGUCGACGAGUCGGAUAUUCCACCUGCCCUGCCUCCAUCGGCAUUACCCCACGAUGAAUCUGCAAUUGAACAGCCAGACUUGCCUGAAGCAGAAAAAACAGAGCCUCCACCAGUUCCAGAACCUGUUGAGCCUUUGGAGCCUCCAGAACCUAUCCCAGAGCCCUCAGAGCAGCCUCCGGCCUCAGUUCCACCUGCUAUCGAUCAGGAAGGGUUGUCUCUUUUGAAACAACGUCAACAGGAGUACCGAAUAGCUGCUGUGAAGUGGAAGAAAUCCGGGAACGUGGAGCAGGCAUUGAAUCACGUGAAGAUCGCCAAACAAUUUGACAUCGUCGUCGCUGCUCUGAAUGCAGGAGAAACAGUGGAUUUAUCCGAUAUGCCACCCUCUCCUCAACUACCUGGUGACGUUGUGGCUGUGCCAGAAGCUAAUGUACAUGCGGAGCCCCAGAAAGAGGAGAGCGAGAUGCAGGAGUCGACCGGGGAUGCAACAGCUCCAGUCACCGGGGAAGACAUAGCAGGAGCUUUAAAGGAACGCCUGGAAGUCUAUCGUCGAACCAAGACAGCUGCUGAGGAGGAGGGCAACUCCUCCAAGGCCCGGCGGUAUGGGAGAAUUUGUAAACAGUACGAGGAUGCCAUUAAACUUCAUUCUAAGGGGAAACCUGUGGAUUUCAACGAGCUUCCAACACCCCCCGGAUUUCCUCCAAUAGCCGUUGAUGCUCCAGCACCUGCAGCAUCUCCUUCGGGUCCCACAAGACCUGCACCGGGCCCUCCAGGCUCCAGUGAACCUGAGAAAGCCCCGAAAAUCCCCAGGAAACCAAUGACAAAUCCUAAAACCAGAGCUGAUAAGCAGAUUUUUAUUCUGGAACGGAGGCAAGCUGAAUUGAAACGUGCUGCACUGGCUGCGAAGAAGGACGGGGACUUGGAGCUGGCAAGGGACUACCUGAGGCAAGCCAAGGGCAUUGAUCCUCUCAUCAAUGCCAGCCGAGCUGGACUGCCUGUAGACAUGAGCUCCCUUCCACUUUCACCCACUGCUAAAAGUCAGCUCGACGCAUCUUCAGAUGACAGCUUUGCUCUAGUGUCCUCCGAGGAGUGCCAGCCCAUCGACGAGAACAGCACUGAUUCUGAUAUUUACGAUAACCUGGAGGCAACAUUGAUCAAGCAGAAGAAGGUCUGUCUGUCGACCAGGGAUCAUGCUAAAGCUCUUGGUGAUGUUCCUGGAUUCAAUCGAUGGGAGAGACUCGCUCUGGGCUACAGCAAAGAUCUCGAUAUGCUCAGGGUGAGGAGGAGGGAUGGAUUGCCACCACCUCAGCAUCAUUAUGAAGUCAAAACUUAUGCUAUUGUACAGAGCUGUACAGAUUUGAAUGAUGGUGAUGUAGAAAUACAGAUCGUAAGGGGAAUCAACUAUCCGAAGGAGGCAGACACCUACGUUAUCUACGAAUUUCCGUAUCCCAGUGAUAGUCCACCGACAGAUCGAACCUCGACCAUCAAAAAUACCAAUGAGCCCGAGUAUGAUGCGACUUUUACAUUGGCUGGGAUCGUUGACCGAUCGAGCAGACCCUGUCAACGUGCCUUCAAGAGACACGGACUCAAGUGUCAAGUUUGGUCCAAGGGAUGCUCGAUGAAUCCCCUGCUGUGUUGCACUCACCCAAGGGGAUUUUUUAGAAGUGACAGUCUCUUGGGAACUGUCACCGUCAAACUUCUACCAUUGGAGUCGCAAUGCACUCUCCACGACUCAUUUCCGUUGAUGAACGGAAGAAAAGCAGCCGGUGGUAAUUUAGAGGUGAAAAUCCGUCUGAGAAAUCCCAUCCUAACGAAGCAGAUCGAGAAAAUGACCGACAAGUGGUUAAUAAUCGACAAUUGAUGCUGAAAUAUUUUGACUCCGUGUAUUUCAUCGCAUUUCUCCGCCGAAUAAUUAUGUGCAUAAAUCAUUGAUUACAGAAUAAAUAUUUCAUGAUGCCUUACUAAAUUCAUGUGAUAAACCUACAGCUAUUUUUGUUCAAAAUGGUGUAUUAUUUAAACAGCUAAUGAAUUAAGAAAUAAAAACAAAAUUAUUACAAUAA